AUGACCCCUACCUUGGCUCAAGCCAACCCAAUGAGCAUAUUUGGGGUCUAUGGCUCUGCUAGUCGACAGGAAACCCGGUCUUUUGAAUACUUUGUCUCUCAAGUCAUACCUGGCUUCACCCGGAUCGUCGAUGACAGUUUCUGGCAUCAGACAAUACUGCAGCUCAGUCACUCUGAAUCUCUGAUAUGGCAUGCGGUCAUUGCUAUGUCAUGCCUUAUUCAGUACCCGCAAUAUUCUACGGCUCCUGUUAUUCCAGCUAGCCCCAGAGCUCCAACUGCCAUCUCGAACGAGCAUCACCGCAGGGCUCUCACCUGGUAUGGGUGGUCUAUCGCUGGCCUUAGAGAUCGUCUAACCCUAGAAAAAUCACGCUCUGCGGUCGCAGUCAUUGCUUGCAUGCUGUAUGUAUGCAUCGAAUGUCUACAAGAUCAUGUCAUUGAAGCGGUGGUCUUAUAUCGACACGCUGUGGGCAUGGUUGGUCUUGCACCUCCAAACAAUCAUGAACAAUCAAGCAUGGCAAAAACUGAAACUGAAAUUGAAAUUGACCAUAAGAUCCGCGCUAUACUACGCCACGAGACUAUGUCGCAUGGUCUCUCUGUCCCCCGACCGAAAUUGACCCUAGACUCGACUUCGGGCUCAUUCCAUGCAUCUUCCGCUGCUAGAGAGGAGCUGUACGCCCUGAUCACCGAAUGUCAAGUUUUCAUCCAGAAUGUUGGGAGGAUCAAGGACAUGCAUGGCAAAGAUUGGCUACCGUCGUCUGAUCUGAUACAACAACAAGAAUCCCACCAGGCAGAUCUAUUCAGGUGGCACGUUGCCUUUUCCAACACGCCCAGCAGUCUUGGUGCAAUUCGUAGUCCAGACGAACUCGAGCUAAGAUCGGUUCUCUUCAUUGCCUACGCGCAGUACUUCAUCUGGCUGUCGGUUUGCCUGAGCACCUUAGAAACCGCUUUCGACAGCUUCUUCCCAUCCUUUGAGUCCAUUGUCCAACAUGCUGAAAGAGUCAUCGCGAGCAAGAGGCCAGAGAAUCGACCGGUGUUCAUACUCGAAAGCCGGGUCAUUCCAUCCUUGUACUUCGUCGCAAUCAAAUGCCGCCAUCCCUGGAUUCGCAGAAGGGCAUUACUCCUCCUCCGUAGCGGCCCAAAGGUGGAAAAUAUAUGGAAAUCUGAGCCCAUGGCACUGGUCGCUGAGAAGUCUAUUGAGGUGGAAGAGUCGGGGGCCAUCCAUGCUGAGCAUCUCCAGGCUCAGUCAUCUGCUUGGGCCCAAACCUCGCCCGCUGAUCAUCUUCCUCCAGAAUGUGACCGACUGUAUCAACAGGAGGUCGUCAACACCAAAGACACCAACGGCCGAGCCACUCACGGCCUUGUCCUUUGUGGCUGGCGACAAGAGAAAGACCUUCGGUGGUCAAGGACGAGCUUGUCAUUGACCCUCGAUUUUCUCUGA